UCCCACAGGCGCCUGAUGAGACCCCCGCAUGGGAAGCCCACAAGCAGGGCAUGGGUGCUGUGGCCCACCCUCCUCAUGGCUCCCAGGGGGUGACUCUGUGCCUUCUCCCUGGAGGAGAAGCACACAGCUGCCGCAGCGGGUCAUUUGGCCAGGAAUUGCUGUCUGGCGGUGGGUUCAACUGGGUGGCCCUUGGGGUUCCCUCUUCCAGACUGGAGGCACUUCUUCCAUGAAUCUGUCUGGCCCAGAAGUGUAGCUGUUGAGGAGGGGGAAGUGCCUCCCGAAUGAAAUCUUCCUCCACUCCUGAAAUUUCUAGCAUUGCAAAGAGUGAGACCAUGAACGUUGUUCCCUCCCGGACCCCGUCCUCUUUUGCUUGCUGUGUCUUUAGUCCCUGGUCUGCCCCACAUCUUUGGAUGCCUAAACCGUAUUUCUAAAUGAUCAGCUGAAGGGUUAAGUCACUGCCACACUAGAUGUUUAACGCUGGAUGAAUAUUUAAUUGCAAGUGGGCAGAAUACUUGUGGGGGGCUAUGCAUUUAUUUUGCCACCGCCCUCCAUCCAUAACCUACAGCCCCAGCCCCCCUGAUGAGCAGCUCCUGGGUUGGUGGUCCAGGGGCAGCCGCUGCCCCCAUUGCCCAGGUGUGGGUGAUCCCUCCUGGCAUUGCUGGACCUGAUCCCUUGGGCAGGAGGAGGAGCAACGGCCAUUUCAGGAGCGGAUUCCCCAUCCCUGCAGCACCGGCCGCCAUGGGGUCUCUUGGGAUGACCUGUGGCUACAAAUUCCCAGGGAGAGGGUGAACUGCAGAGGGGCCGUCCAGGUUGCCCACUCUCUCUCUGUACCGUGACUACCGACUCAUCAUCAUCAUCAUCAUCAUCACUAUUAUUAUAUUUGUUUAUAUCCCGCUUUCCAAGUUAUUAUUAUCUUUAUAUUUGCUCCUUCCAGGAUCUGAAGAAAUACUUUGACAGCUGCAAUGGGGACCUGGAUCCUGAAAUUGUCAAGUCUUUCAUGUACCAGCUGCUGAAGGGCCUGGCCUUUUGCCACAGCCGGAAUGUUUUGCACCGAGACCUGAAGCCCCAGAAUCUACUGAUCAACCGGAAUGGGGAGCUGAAACUGGCGGACUUUGGGCUGGCCCGGGCCUUUGGCAUCCCUGUGCGGUGCUACUCGGCUGAGGUGGUGACACUCUGGUACCGUCCUCCAGACGUCCUUUUUGGGGCCAAGCUCUACUCCACCUCCAUAGACAUGUGGUCAGCCGGAUGCAUCUUUGCAGAGCUAGCAAAUGCUGGGCGGCCCCUCUUCCCAGGCAAUGAUGUGGAUGACCAGCUGAAGCGCAUCUUCCGAUAUCCUUGGCUUUUAGCAUGUGGGGCUGGGGAGGUGGGGGGGGUCCACAAUUGGGAGGCCAUGUGUCGUGUGUGCGUGUGCACAUGCUUGCAUGUGUGUUUUUGAUGCUGGAGGAUCACAGUCUGUGGAGUCCAAGCAUGUACAUAAGUUGUGUGUUUCCUAGAUGGUAAUGUGAUUUUGCAGAAUGUAGGUCUCCCCCCCCCCCCCCCCCGACAGCCUGAAGCCUUGGGAUGGCUCCCCUUCUCUCUUUCACUCCCCCACACAUACUUUUGGAGGUUUGA